AACAUGCAUGAUCUAUAUUGAUGAACUUCUAAUUCAACGGUUAGUUUUGAAAAAGGCACUUUAGUAAUGCUUAAGCUCACCUAAAAGACAACAAGGAUAGGAAAUUAGGGUAAGUAGGUAGGGUUAAUAUUGAGAUUUUGAGAUUUUGAGAUUUUGAAAAGCGAUAGAAGCGAGAGAGAUGAGAGAGAGAGGUAGAGAGAGAGUGAGAGGGGGAAGAGAUGGACACAGGUCACAAACAGGACGGACAACACUGGGUCGUGAGCAUGCAGGAUCUCGCGGAAGAAGCCAGAAUCGGAGGUUUCAGCAAGUGGGACAGAGGCAAGUGGGUCAGAGGCAGGUGGGGGAUGAUCAGUUUCAAUAUCGAAGCAGACAAAAAGGGGGCUCGUAUGAUUGGGGGUUGUAUAAUCAAGCCACUCCUUACUUCUUCACGAAUUUUCCAAAGGACUGGAGUUAUGAGGAGAUGUGGCGAACAUUUCUGAAAUAUGGAAGGGACAAGAGGGAACUGGAAAGGAAUCUGGAUCAGAUAUGGAUAAGAGGUAGGAAAUUAUGGGUGAAUCUCCCAAGAUAUGAAGAAGGAAAGAUUGAAAAAACGGGCAGUAGGUACCGAAAGUUUGCAGAACCAGUAAUCCAAAAUAGAAGUUAUCCCGAGGUGGUGAAAGGCCAUCCAGUGAAGAAACAAACGGAGGAAGGAAGAACACAGGUCAGAAAACAAGAAGAAAAGAGACCGGUGGAGAACAUAAGCAGAGACUGCUCAAACCAACGUAGUGAAGAAGCUAGAACAAUUUGGCGAGAAAAAGGAAUGGGAAAAAGCUGGGUAGGCUUAGAAUAUAAUGCCAAACCGGAAGAUUAUGCAUGGCUAGAGGGAUGCUUUGUGGGAUUGGUUCAUUCUGUGGAGAUGGUUCACAACUUACAGGAGAAAUUCUAUAUGGAAGGCUAUUUUUCAUGCCGGAUUCGAGCCAUGGGUGGUAGAAUGGUGCUGUUAGAUUGCGAGGAUAAGGAAGAAUUGAAGGACUUGGUGGAAUUAGCUACGGACUGGUUAGGACAAUGGUUCGAAGAGGUGCGACCUUGCACUGAAUUCUUCGAAAAAAUGGGGUGUUCAUGGGGAAAAUUCAUAUGCUUGGAUGAUAGCACUAGCAAAAGAAGACGUUUUGAUAUAGCAAGAUUCUUGAUAUCCACUCAGAUCAUGGACACAAUCAAAGUUUCACGGCAAGUUAAAAUCAAUGGGAACCUGUACAAUCUAAAAUUCUCAGAGGAGGAAGUCUCUAAUUGCUUCUUCUCUCUUAAACAAGAUUUCUUGCCUCCUUUCCAAAGUGAUGAGGAGGAUUGUGAGUCUUGGUCGAUCGGUACUAUAAUGGAGACGCAGGAAUGUCACAGGGCAGAGGAUGAUGUUCUCUGUCAUGAAAAACAUACCCAUGAAGAAGAUGAUGACGUGGCGUGGGAAGGAAUAAAUCAGGACCAGCCUACAAAGGAGGAGGAGAAGCUAGGGGAAGCAACAGCUGGCAACCCAUCUCAAUCUCAAAUUCAAAUUCAAAUUUUGAACGGUGAAAGAAACACAGCAACGGGCAAUUGUCUGGAAAAAGAGAAUGAAGUCAUUGAACCGGUAUCUCAGGCCGGUAUAGUGGAUGGGAUUCAAAUGGGCCUCAAGAACAAACCCACAAGGAACUCUUUUAAAGAUCCCAAUACUCAAGAAGCAAGCCUUCAGUUUCAAGAAUCCACUAACAUGGGUUUGGCCCAAGUUAGAAGAGAGGAAAAUUUGGCAUACCCAACAUUCAAUAAGGAUAAUUAUGGAAGUAUGGAAAUGUCAGAGGAUGAAAUUGAAGAAGACGGGGAGGAGGAGGUCGGGCGAGGCUCAAGAAGAAAGAUCGAUGGGAAAAAAAGGAACAUGCAGAGGACAGCAGGAACAAAAUCUCCAGAAUUUAUGCCAAAUCCAGAUGGGAAAGUAGCAGGGGGUUUAGUUGGUGACAGUGGUAUCCUUAAUUGCAACAGAUCCAUAAAGAAUCAGUUGCAAAGCCAGGUAGCAAGGGAGAUAUGGGAUCUUGCGAAGCAGCUAGGCGCGAAUGCAGAAAAUGAUCUCGAUGUCCUGCAGAAAAUUGAGGAAAUGGAGAGGAGAGACAGUCGCAUGAAAGGGGAAAUGGCCAAUCCAGAAACCGGAGGUGCCAAGAAGAUAAGAGAAAUUGUGAUGAAGGAGAAAGUAGAUUUCAUAGCAAUUCAAGAGACUACAUUAGUGACAGUGGACAGAAAGAUUUAUAGAAUAAUAUGGGGAACAGAUGACUUUGACUGGGUAGCUAAGCCAUCUGUGGGUAGGUCCGGAGGUCUAUUAUGCAUUUGGAAUGCUAAGGUGCUUAAGAAAAGGGAGGUAAUUGAGGGGAAUAACUUCAUCGGGAUAUCUGGAUUGUGGGGAGAGGAAAGGAUUCCUGUGAAUAUACUAAGCAUUUAUUCCCCGUGCCAGUUGAUGGGUAAAAGAAUGUUAUGGGAUGAUUUACAGGGCCUGUUGAACAGUAAAAGAGGGAAGUGGUGUUUAAUGGGAGAUUUCAAUGCAGUGAGGGGAAUAGAGGAACGAGCAGGGGAGACGGGGAUCAGUAGUGAAAUGCGGGAAUUUGACAAUUUUAUAAUUAAUGCUGCUUUGAUUGAUCUGCCUUUGCUUGGUAGGAAGUAUACAUGGUAUAACUCUAAUGGCCAGUAUAUGAGUAGAAUUGAUAGGUUUUUGUUAUUAGAAGAUUGGGUUGCCAAAUGGGGUGAUGUUAAACAGUGGGGGUUGAGAAAAUCAGUAUCGGAUCACUGCCCCAUUUUACUCAAGAACAAGAAGAUUGAUUGGGGCCCAAAACCGUUCAAGGGGCAGAAAGGCUUCAUACUUAAAGAGAAAUUGAAAAGUACAAAGAAAGCAUUAAAAGAGUGGAGCCGGAACCUAGCUGAAGACAUGGAUGCCAAAGUAAAAGAAGCAGAAUCAGUGAUAGUUGAAAUUAUUGAGAAAGGAGAGAAUAGCCAGCUGACUGCAGAAGAUGUUGAAAGGAGGAGGGGAAGCUUUAUGGUUCUAUGGAAAAAUCUAAGAAUUAAGGAGAGGAUGUGGCAGCAGAAGGCAAGGAGGAUGUGGUUCAAGGAAGGGGAUGCGAAUACAAGUUUUUUUCAUCGAUGUGUCAAGGGAAGAUGGAGAAGGAAUGAAAUUAAUUGUAUUCGGAUCAACGGGGAACUUUACACGGGUGUGAAGGAAAUAAAGGAAGAAGUGGCUAAGUAUUUUAAAGAAUUAUUUUCAGAAGAGGCAUGGCAAAUACCAAAGCUUGAUGGGAUUAGAGAUUUAUGGGAACAAGGUAGUCUUGCAAGGGGAUCCAACGCAUCCUUCAUUGUUUUAAUCCCAAAGAAAGAAAAUCCACAAGGAAUUGAGGACUAUAGACCCAUUUCACUCAUCGGGAUCAUGUAUAAGAUCAUCGCAAAGUUGCUAGCAAAUCGGCUGCGAACUGUAUUGCCUAAGGUCAUUGGGGAACAACAGAUGGCAUUCAUUGAAGAAGGAUUGAAUGGAUUAGUAUCAGCAGCAGUAGAAAAGAAUCUUUACAAGGGUGUUAUGGUGGGAAAAAGAGAUACAACGGUCACACAUUUACAGUUUGCGGAUGAUACUAUCUUCUUUGGGGAGGCUUCCGAUGAAAACAUAAAGGUGGUCAAAGGGAUUAUGAGGACUUUCGAGUUGGCUUCCGGGAACUGGAUUGAGUGGGAGGUUGAUGAUGUCAUGGAUCUCCAAAAGAGGAUAGAAAACGUGAAGUUAGCAGAAGGAGACCUAGAUAGAUGGGAAUGGACUCAUGAUAAGGGAAGGCAAUAUUCAACCAAAAGUGCGUAUUCUCUUCUAACAAGGGAGCGGGUAGAUUCGAAUGAAGAGAAGAUAUACAAAAGAAUAUGGAAUCCCAUCCUUCCAAGUAAAAUAUCAGCUUUCAAUUGGCAAUUAGUAUUGGAUAAAAUUCCUACCAAAGCUAAUUUGCUAAGAAGAGGGAUCAUUAAGGACGUGACAGAAACCAAAUGUGCCCUUUGUAAUGAUGAAGAAGAGGAUGCUACUCAUUUGUUCUUAAAUUGCAAAAUUGCAAGGUGGUUAUGGAAGGCUUGCUCUAAGUGGUGGGGGUCAAAGAUGAUGGUGAACAGAGACUGCUGGAACACUUUUCAACUCCUCGGGAGGAAUACCAAAGGAGCAAAAAUUAGAGAAGGCAUGGAUAGCAUCUGGAAAACAGCUGCUUGGUCCAUUUGGAUUGCUAGAAACCAGAAAAUCUUCCAUUGUAAAGAGGUAAAUCCUGAUACACUCUUAGAACUUAUUCAACUGAGAUCUUUUUGGUGGAUCAAAGCUAGGAAUGAUUAGGCCACUGUUACUUUCUCAGAUUGGUUGAUUGAUCUAGUUGCAUGUUUCAAAACUUGAUACAGUGUGCGAACAGUGCAUUUCUAGGGGGCUUCCUUUGUUUCUGGUUUGAAAAAAUUGGAGAUGGUGUUGUUUAUGGGUUUGAGUACCCCUUGUACUCUAUAUUCUCAAUAAAACUUUGCCGUUCAA